CUCAUAUCACUGAUUUACACACUGCACUUUUUAUUUCACACAAACACACAGCAAGCUGCUGUCUGACAAAAAAGAAAAUAUUCUGGCUGAUGCUGAGGUUUAAACGUGCAGAGCAUCACCAUGGAAACCGUGUCAGUUGUGCUCUUCCUGCUAUCAGCAGGAGAAAUUUCUUCCACAGCUUCUACUCCUCCAGUCCAGAGUCAACUCACUUCACUCCAUAUCAUUCCGGGUGACAUGAAUCAGACUGAGGCUCGGAAUGCUUGCAGAGAAAAAUACACUGACCUCGUCACUGUGUACUCUGAUGAAGACAACAUUAAACUGUACAACCUAAGGAUAACGGCCUGGAUCGGACUCUAUCGCAGUAAUUUCAGUGAGAAAUGGUCUAAUGGUGAUAAUGUAACAUACAGAAAUCUGACAGGGGAUUGUGGGACAUCGAGCGUCUGUGCUGUUAUGAAGGCUGAUGGUUCAUGGGAAAGUCUUCUCUGCACAGACACAAGAUAUUUCAUGUGCUAUGAACAAGCUUCCUCACAGACUCGUAAUUAUCAUCUAAUCCUUGAGACUAAGACCUGGUAUGAAGCUCAGCAUUACUGUAGACAGAGAUACACUGACCUGGUCAGCAUCAGAGAUCAGCAGCACAAUGAAGAGGUGAAGAUUAAAGGGUUAAACAGCAGAACACCCUUCUGGAUUGGCCUGCUGUGUGAUGACUGGCAGUGGAUUGAUGGAGGAAUCUCUGCCUAUAGAAACUGGUAUCAGCAGAUCGGUGCACCUUAUCCAUCACCAAACAACUGUGUAGUACUGAGUGGAGGGAGAUGGUACUCAGUCCUGUGCGAUUAUCGUUACUUUGCUUUCUGCUACUCCACUUCUACUCCUCCAGUCCAGAGUCAACUCACUUCACUCCAUAUCAUUCCGGGUGACAUGAAUCAGACUGAGGCUCGGAAAGCUUGCAGAGAAAAUUACAUCGACCUCGUCACUAUGUACUCUGAUCAAGACAACACUAAACUGGCUGAACUGAUGAUGAAGGCUGGUAUUUACGAUGCCUGGAUCGGACUCUAUCGCAGUAAUUUCAGUGAGAAAUGGUCUAAUGGUGAUCCUGUAACAUUCAGAAAUCUGACAGGGGAUUGUGGAAUAUCGAGCUACUGUGCUACUAUGAAGCCUGGUGGUUCAUGGGAAAGUCUUCAGUGCACAGCGACAAGAUAUUUCAUGUGCUAUGAUCCAGAUGCUUCCUCACAGACUCAUAAUUAUCAUCUUAUCCUUAAGAAUAAGACCUGGUAUGAAGCUCAGCAUUACUGUAGACAGAGAUACACUGACCUGGUCAGCAUCAGAGAUCAGCAGCACAAUGAAGAGGUGAUGAUUAAAGGGUUAAACAGCACCGCAUCCUUCUGGAUCGGCCUGCUGUGUGAUGACUGGCAGUGGAUUGAUGGAGGAAUCUCUGCCUAUAGAAACUGGGGUUGGCAGAGCAGUGAACCUCAUCCAUCACAAUACAACUGUGUAGUACAUUAUAUAUGGGGAUGGGGAUGGUACUCAGUCCCGUGCAAUUAUCCUUACUCUGCUUUCUGCUACUACAAUUACAUCCAUGUGAGUGAAGAGGCUCUGAGCUGGGAGAAAGCGUUGGAUUACUGUGAUAAAGGGAACAAAGCUGGAAUUCUGAUCAUCGAUUCUCAAGCUGAACAGGAACAGUUAGAGUCUGAGCUCAUGAGGAGAGGUGUCCCUCCAGGGUCUCUGUGGGUGGGGCUUGGACCAAACCGUCUCUCCGAGCUGAAGGUGUCGUCUGAGCCGCUGACCUGCGAGGACAUACAGAGACAGAGUGAAGCUGACACACACACUGCAGACGCAGCACCAGAUUAUGUGAUGGACUCCACUGAACUUCGAGUUGUGUGUAAACUGAAGUAAAACAUUUCCCUCGAUGCUGGAAGAACAGAGCACUGCAUAGUUUAGAGUUUUCCAGCACAAACUCACCUGAACACUUCAUUAUGCAUUUGUUUACUAGGUGAUGAGCUAAAUCACAGAACAGGAAAAGCCUAAAGUGUGCAGGAAGUGUUCACACACUCAGAGUUCACACAUCAAUUGGCCUUCACAAGAAUAUUAAGAAUAUAUAUAUAUUUUAUGCUGUUAAUGCGUCUCUAAAUUCUUGUUUAAGAUAAAAUUUAUUAUACUUUCUUUUCUAUUAUCAUAUCACUAAUAAGAAACUGUCAUUUUACUCUUUUUCACGAUGACUUUUGUGUUGUAUUUUCUUCAUUUACAUCAGUUG